AUGAUUAUUUUUUUUUGCAUCAUUACUAUAAAGGCUUGCAAAGUUCCUUAUGAGUUGUAAAAUCUAUAUCCUACAAAAGGUGAAAGAUUAGAAAUAACAAUGGAUAAGUUUAUCUCAGGUAAUAAUCUAACUUAUUAUUUGUAAACACAUUAAUAAGGCAUCAUGGUUUAGAAUUUAAUCAAAGUCAAAUAAGUUUAAAAAAAUAGUAAUUUAUUAUUUUUAGAUAGAUUAUACAUUUAAAUCUGUUUUAUUUAACUACAGAACCUUCUUUAAACAUAGAUAUGAAAACAAAUGGAAAAAUGCCACUUUAAUAAUUAUAAAAAAUAAACAUUAGCUCAAACAUGGAAUGUUUUAGUAUUACAUACACAGAAUUUUAUAAUAUUAUUUUAGAUUGUUAGUAAAAUUAAACAUUAUUUCUAUUUACUUUGAAAGAUUCCUAACUUAUUUAGAUAUACACAUAAAACAGUACUACUCCUAAUUAAACUAAAAUAAGCACUAUUGUCACGAAUUAAUAAACAUAUAUUAUUUAUGGAUAAUUUUUAAUUAAAAAUAACAAAGAUUUGAGUUGGACCAUAUUGAAUUUGACGGUUUUAUAUGAACAAGAAAAAGAUUCUUUUAUAAAUACACAUAAUUUAUAAGAAAAUUCAUCUAAUUUUUUUGCUUCUUAAAGGAAUUCUACAAACUAAACAAUAUUUAUUUAAUUAUAGAGAAACAUAUUAUCAUAUGUAUUAUCAGAAGAUAAAAUGCUCAUACUGACCAAAAACAUGUCAUUCUAUUAUGAAAUUAUUAAAAUGGCUUAUUAUUACUCUUAAGAUAGAUGUUUUUACAGUGAUACAUUAGAUAUAUAGAUUUUUUAUUCUAAAUAAUAACCAAUAUUAUAAUCAAUUUCAGAAAAUUAAUAUAUCUAAAUCCUAAUUAGCAAAUAAUUCAUUGUUAUAUAUAAUAAUUGUUUAAUUAGUAUCUUGAAUAAUGAAAGAUUUAAUUAAAUAUUAUUUUAUUAAUUUAAGGCAGAAAAUAUUUAAUACUGUUAUAUACCUUGAUAAAUUCAAUGAAGAAUUAUUUAUUUUUGGUUAAGAUAUUAGAAUCUUUAAACUUGUUGUACUUUUUUUAAGUUUAGCAUCAAAUGAGAAUAAUGGCAAUUUUACAAUUCAAGGUUUAGAAGUAUAUGAUCAUUUUAAAAUAAAAUUAUGCAAAGUUUUGAUUAAUUAUACUUAUUUAAACGAAUUAGAUAGCAAUAUAUAUUUAAAAUAUUAAUAUGAAUAACAGUCAUAUUAUAAUUUAUUGUAAUUUCCUUUUGUAUAUUGGAUUACCCAUCUUUCAGGGCCUCUUGUUUAAGUGAUAGUUAAUGUAAGCAAUCCCCAAUUAGGUAAUUUUUCUGAUAAAACAUUGCUUAACGACAAUUAAUAAUUAUAAUAAAAAUAAAAGUAUUAUAUGGUAAAAGCUUUUUCUGUUAAUUUGUUUUAAGAAUGUAAAACUAAAAAUUUUAGUUGUAUUUUUGUUGUUGCUGUAAGUGCUCAAACAAUUGACAUCUAUUAGGAAGGAAAAUUAUAACCUUUUAGUUCUACAGAUAUUGGGUAAAUGAAGAUUAAUGUCACUUAAAUCGAAAUUACUUUUGUAGUUCUAAAUCGAUAAUUUUACUUUAUAAUUUGCCUAAGUUUUGGUUAAAAUAUCAUUUACAUAUAUUAAUAUGACAGUAAAUUAUUUAAAAUUAACAAUAUCAUUUUAAACACAGAACCAUUUUAAUAGUUUUAACUAUUAACUAAUGCAGUAGUCUUAUUAUUAAAUACAAAUUAAAUAGCAAUAACAACAUUUGAUAAUAAAAGUUUAAUUUUUUUUAAUUUUUAGAUUUUUUAAGAGAUUUCUAUCGAUGCAAUUAAAUUAAAUUUAAUAAAUAUAUUUAUUAAUUAAUAAUACUAAUCUAGAGUGUUAUACAUAAACAAUAAAAAUAGUUUUAUAAUAGGUUACAUUAUGGAGUAAUUUAAAUUUCUGUUAAUAUCAAUUUAACUUGUUAUUUAUGAAAUUUAAAAUCUUUAAGUUGUAAAUAGUCUCUUAAUAAUUUCUUGGAUUCCUUAGAGUGAGAAAGUUGUUAAUUUUGAUGUUUGGAAUGUUUACAAUGCGACAAACUCAAGAAAUUAAGGAAGAAUGAGAUCUAUUAAUUAUGAACUAGAUAAAAUGUAUAUUAACUACUAUUCAGAUAAUCUAUUUUAUUAUGUUUAAAUUGGUUUAAAUUUGAAUGUAUAUAAUCCAAAUUUACCUCAACAUUCAAGUCUUUAUUAAAGAAUUCUAUUUGAUGGUUUAUAUUUCACAAGUAUUGCUAUUGAUCAAUUGGCAUUUCUUUGUUUUAAUUAGAGCUUUUAUUUACUUUCACCUAUUUUAAUUCAAACUUUUUAAAAUAACACCUUACAUUAAAAUUUCUUUACAUUAUAAAUUUUUAAUCUCACAUUUUACUCAUAAUUUAAUCAUUCAAAAUCUAUUCAUGAGGGAAACAACUCAGUAACAAUAAUAUAUGAUUAUUUAUAUAUCGAUUUUAAUUAAACUCUGAUUAAUGUAAAUAAAUUUUAAUAUCAUGUUGAAAUUUUUAGAAAUAAUAUUUCAUUUUCAGGUUAAGCUUUAUAAUUCAUUAUAACUAAUAAAAGUUAAUAUGUGACUUAUAAUUUGACAAACAAUAUUGGAAAUCCUUAAAAUUAAAAUUAAAAUACUGUAUACAAUUAAAUUAUUUAAUAUAAUAAGACUUAAUUUUUCUUAAUGAAUAAUUCGGCAAUCUUAAAUUACUCUUCUAAUUAUUCUCGUAAUUUUGGUUAUUAUAAUGCAUGUUUAGCUUCAGCUACUUAGGACUUAACUAUUUAUGCUUUUUGUUAAGAUAGAUAAUCUCACUAUUAAAUAAUAAGUAUGGAUUUAUCAAAUUUACAAAAUGAUAUUAUUCCUAACCAAAUUAUAAAUUUAACAAAUUUUUCUUAUAAAUAAAAUGUUUGGAUAAGAAUAUAAAAUGAUCAACUUUAUAUUUGGGAUGGUUGUUAAACAAUAUUUCAUUAAUUCAGUCAAAUAACAGUAGUAAGGUCAAUUUAUUUGUAAAAGUACUUAAUUUGGAUUUUAGACCAUUCAAUAAUAAUUUAUGUUUAUUUUACACUAAUUCAUAAAGAUAAAUUAUUUUAUAAAUUUGUUGAUAGAUUUUCAAAAGUUAAUAAUGAAAUUGAAAACUUUAUUCUUUUAGAAAGCAUUACAUAAUAAUUUUAUUCAUUCGAAACUAUACCUAGGAUUGUUAGAAAAAAGAAAGAAAUUAUUAUUAUGAUUUCUAAUCCUAAUUUUAAUUUAGUUGUAUCAUUUCUUCUGGUAAUAAAUAAAUACAAUAUAGCAGCUAGCCAAAUACUUUUUUAAAGCAUUAUAUAAACAUCUCCGCCAUUUGAGAAACAUAAUUUUACAAUCUCAUAACUACCAUAAUAUGAUUAAGGAUUAUUAUUAUUUAUGUAUUCUAACAAAUCAGACAUUAAUAAUUAACAACAUAUGAUUAUCUAUUACAAUAUUUCAGAUUAUUCUAAUCCCAAUCACUUAACUCCACUACUUUUUCAAGGUGGAUAUAAUUUUACACUUAAUUAAACUUUGGUAAAUGAUUUUUCAUUUAUAGCUUAUAAUAAUUCAUGUGGAUAAAUAUUAAUUCUUACUAAUAAUGGCAGCACACUCUAACUCUAAUUAAAUAUAUUCUCUAUCAAAAUAAAUUUAACUGACUUAAGAAAAAACAGUACUCUAAAUUUAAAAGCUUAUAAUUUUUCCAAUUCAGGAUCUGCUGAAAUAAUUGUAAAAAAUGAAAGAUCAAAAGCAUAUUUGAAAGUAUAUCCUUUUAUAUCUUGUUUGGAAUUACAAUUAUUGUUUUAUUAACAUCUGCAUUUAUUUAUUAUAAUUAAUAAAAAGAUAAUAAAGAAGAAGAAAUUAAUUCGGAAGAUGAAUUAUGAUCAAUCAAAAUAUUAUGAUUAUUAUUAUUAUUAUUAUUAUUGA